GCAAUCCCUUCCGCGUGGGUGUGGCGCCUGCGUUGCACGAGAGCCUCUCAUCCUCUCGCCUUCAAACCCCAUCCAUCUCCUCGAUCUUACCCCCCGCGCGCGGCCCCGCUCCCGCGCCCACGGCCAUGGCGUCUCUCUACCACUCCUCCCUCCCGCUCUCCCCGCCGUCCUCCAGCUGCCAUGGUGUCCUCUCCUUGGCCCCUCGAACCGCGGCGCCCUUCGUCUGCCUCUGCAGAGCGCCACCGCAAGACGACCACGACGCGGAGCUCCUCGGCGCGCUCCAGUCCAACGGCAACGGCAGCCUCCUCAGAGAACAACAUCCCGCGUCAGCCAAAGUUCUAGAGUCGGGCUCUGCGGAAUUGGGUGACGGCAGCGGCGGCGGGAGGAGGAGCUCUCAGGCUCAGCUCCGGGCGCGUGACUGCGCGAGGCGGAUCAUGAGCCUCCCCAUGGAGGAGCGGGUGAAGGUGCUCGACCUCCUGCAGCGCGACGACACGGCGCUCACCAUCUCCGACUACAACGACAUCAUCUCCGCGCUCGCGAGGGGCGGGGACUACGACUCCGCGGUCGCGCUCUUCAGGGCGCUCGAGCCCAACGGCGUCGUUGAGCCGGACGCCCACUCUUUCGCCAUCGCCGUGCAGUGCUUCUGCAGGAAGGGCGCGCCCGACGAGGCAAAGGAGACGCUCGACGAGAUGGUGGCUCGCGGUUACCUCCCCAGUGUGGCCGCCUUCUCCGCCGUCGUGGGCUGCCUCUGCAAACGUGGACGCGUCACCAGGGCCAUGGAUGUGUUCGACACCAUGCGUGCCGUCGGGAGCGAGCCCACCAUCCGCACGUACAACAGCCUCAUCGGCGGGCUCUGCUACGUCGGCCGCCUCGAGGAGGCGCGGGACCUCCUCAACAAGCUCAAGGACUCGCCCAAGCAAACGGCGGACAUCUACACCUUCACCAUUGUGCUGGACGGGUUCUGCAAGGUAGGCAGGACGGAGGACGCCAUGGCCAUCUUCGAAGAUGCCAUCCGGAUGGGCCUCUCGCCCACGAUUUUCACCUACAACGCGCUGCUCAACGGCCACUGCAAGGAGGGGAACCUGCUGAAAGCGUAUGACCUGCUCAUGGAGAUGUGCGACAACGACGACUGCCCGCCGGACAAGAUCAGCUUCAGCAUUGUGCUGCCGGCGUUGCUGCGGGCAGGCGAGAUCACCGCGGCGUGGAAGACGUUCAAACGCAUGGAGCACGCCGGGUUCCAGGCGGACAGCCGCGCGUUGGACACGCUGGCCCGGGGCCUAUGCCGGCAGUGUGCGGCGGACAUAUCGGUCCUGAGGGACGCCAAGGAGGUGUUCGGCAAGGUGGUGGCGGCCGGGCACGAGCCGGUGUCGUACACGUACUGCCUGAUGGCGCAGGCCCUGGCGCGCGGCGGCGAGGUGGACGCGGCCGUGGCCAUACUGGACGACAUGGUGCGCAAGGGGUACGCGCUGCGGAAGCGCGCGUACACGGACGUGGUGCGCGCGCUGUGCGACCGGAGCAGGACGCACGACGCUCUCCGGGUGCUGGCGGCGGUGAUCACCAAGGACUUCGUGCCCGGCCGGAACGCGUUCGACGCGCUGCUCGAAGAGCUCAGCCGGCAGGGGAGGUGGCCCGACGCCAUGGCCGUGUACGCCGCUGCGGUGAAGCGGGGCGUGGUGGUGUCGCUGAAGCGUCACGUCAAGGAGGCGCUGGCACGGGAAUCGCCGGCGCGGUUGGGUGUCCCAUAGUGAGCGAGUGUGCUCCGCAAAUCGAACCUUCUUGGAGGCUUUCCAUUCGAUGCCGAAGACAGUGAUUUGACUCUGAUGUGCAAAUGCCUCAUGGGUUCUCGUGAAA